UACUUUGGGCAAUCUGUUGAGAGUGAGACAAAAAAAAAAAAUAUAAUACUAACAUGGAAUUUUCUGCUACUUCUAGCAAUGAGAUAAAGAUGGAAGUACAAAGCGAAGACACAGUGUUGACCAGUCAAAAUGAGAAUCCAACAACAGAAAACGCUCGGCAAUUGGAUACUUUAGAACUUUUGAGCACACUGGAAUCGGCCAAUGGCGAGCAACAGGAAGCGGUAACGAAAACGGAAAUGGCGGACGUCGAAAUGGCCACCAAUCAUAUGGGCGUAAAGGUACAGGUGAUGCAAGACGAACCUGUGAUGUUCUACAUAAAUGAUGCUGUAUUAUAUAAUAAUGUGAAUCAAAACACCAAAUUUCCCUCAAUUCAAUUGAACGCGCCGAAAUUGAAAGCUCCCCCAGUGCAUGCGUUGAAACCCUUUCCCUUUCUCUAUAAACUCUUUUUGGUGGCCAAGAGUCAGUACGUUCGUUAUAUCAAUUGGUCCGAGGAUGGCCUGCGAGUGGAGCUUCACUAUUUGGAAUUGCAAUCUCAUUUAGCCAGCGACGAGAAUAUCUUUCGUUGUGCCACUUUGAUGCAAUUUACCAAGCAAUUGUUGGAUCAUGGCUUUAAGCGUUUGGCUCACCUGGAAAAUGCCAUACCCGAGUGCCCUUUUGGCAUAAUUUUAAUCUAUCGACAUGCACAUUUUGUCAGAGAUAAGCCAGAGAAGUUGCAAUGGAUUGCCGAACAGAUUUAUGUAGAGACGGAGAAUACAAAACCGGAUCGUCCGUUGGGCAAUCCUUCCGAUGUCCAUUUGAGGCGUAUGAGUAAACGUGGAGAUCUUUGUUCAACCCUAAUAACUCCACGUUCUGAACUCCAAAUGGCUCGAAGUCGUCUUAUGGCCAUUAUACAUUUUAGUAUGGAUACAAAGUGGCUCAACGAGUGUGGAAAUUUUUCCAAAAUUCUAACGCAAAUGAUACCGCGGCGCGGCCGAGCAUCGUUGAAGCCCAAAAAUUCUAAAAGAUCUGUCUCCCGUUUACCCAGAGGGGGGCGUAUAAAAUAUGUUAAGCCCCAUGAAUCGGUUACUGCUAUGCCGAUAAGUCAAAUAACCGAAUACGCCGGUUAUUUCGGUAAUGUGGAUAUUGGUCGUCUGAAGGAAUUCUUUGCCGAAUAUCUGCCGCGAUAUGGUAACAGUAAACAGGAAAUUGUGAUGGAUGCCACCACCAAGACAAGCAAUUUCCAACAAAAUUAUCCCAUUGGCAUCAACUAUUCCGAAGAUGACACCGAUGGGGAAACGCUGCAAUCGAAAGGUAGUUCCAAACAGAAUACUCAAGCUCAGUCUAGCCAGGAUUGUAAAGUGGAUCCCAUUGAUGGAACCAUAGAGCAGUUCAUGGCAGAGAUAUGUGGUGAUCCUGGUAUAAGCAAUCUCUCAGCAAGUCCAACCAAAUCUACAGCAACCAAAUCUACAGCUACAAAGGCAAAUACGACGACUACAACAACAAGUAAACCCAAAGUGAGAAAGAAGCGCAAAUUAAAAGAAGCAAGUUCCACCGAAGAAGAAGACGACGACGAUGAAGAAAUAUUGAAGGAGGCCAGUGACUGCAGUUCAAUGGAUAUCGACAUCGAUAUUGAACCUAAUCCUGAUGAUAACAAUCAGAUAAAGGAGGUGGAGGAAAAAAAGAAGAAGAAGAAUAAUAGUCCCAUGUCUGACGUCACGCUUGAAGGUGAAAAUCAAGAAUCCAAUCCAGAUGACAAGCCACUUACAGAAACAGGAAACGACGACUCCGACGAGGAUGAGGACUUUGAUGACGAUGAUGACUACGUUGACAAGAAUGUGGAAUUCCGAACUAGUACCACACAGAAGCAAUCGGGUACACCACGUCGCUACGACCUACGCAAUACAAAACGACCCACCAAACGUUAUUUGUGAUACAAUACCAAAAUAAGCAACAAAUUCUCUUUAAUAUAACACACCAUAAGCCAAAGAAAAAUUUGUUUAUUUUGUUUUAAGUUAGACCUCACU